CUAUCUCUUUCACGUCAGCUUUUGCUUUACUAAAAUGACGACUUUAUCCAGCACCAUUCAACAUUUAUAUUAUAUAAUAACAUAAAUCAGAAACUUGAUGGCGAUCAGCAAAGACCAGAACAGAACAUAACAGAGGUCCAAAGAAAGGACCCAAUUGCGCUUUUUCUUCUUCCAGUUGCUUGCUUUUCCCAAGAUUCUCCUACCCACUAAACGCGCCAUCGUAUUAGCCCCAUCACUCUUAUCUCUCCAAAUUUGUGUCCUGAACUCUUUUUAAAUCUUAACUCUUCUCUCCAUUUUCCUCACUAACUGCACUCUGCGCUCUUCAUUUCCUCGGCCUUCAACAUGGUGGCUGAUUCCAAGGGCAAAUCGAACAUUUCCUUCGCUGGUACUUUCGCCAGUAGCGCUUUUGCAGCUUGUUUCGCCGAGAUUUGCACUAUUCCUUUGGACACUGCUAAAGUUAGGCUUCAGCUGCAAAAGAAAGGAGUUGGUGGAGAUGGAUUGGUCUUACCGAAAUACAAGGGUUUAUUGGGAACAGUUGGUACCAUUGCUCGGGAAGAGGGUCUAGCGGCACUCUGGAAAGGCAUUGUGCCUGGGUUGCAUCGUCAAUGCUUAUUUGGAGGGUUGAGGAUUGGAUUGUAUGAGCCUGUUAAGACCUUCUAUGUGGGAAGUGAUUUUGUUGGAGAUGUUCCUUUAUCGAAGAAAAUUCUUGCUGCGUUUACAACCGGUGCUAUAGGAAUCACGAUUGCAAAUCCAACUGAUCUUGUUAAAGUAAGACUUCAAGCUGAAGGAAAAUUACCUCCUGGUGUACCAAGGCGCUAUUCAGGAGCAUUGAAUGCUUAUUCUACAAUUGUGAGACAGGAAGGACUUGGGGCUCUUUGGACUGGACUUGGACCUAAUGUUGCACGAAACGCCAUCAUAAAUGCAGCUGAACUAGCCAGUUAUGAUCAAGUGAAGCAGACAAUUCUGAAAAUCCCAGGCUUUACAGAUAAUGUUGUCACUCAUCUCCUUUCUGGUCUUGGAGCUGGGUUUUUUGCCGUUUGUAUUGGUUCACCGGUUGAUGUGGUUAAAUCUAGAAUGAUGGGGGAUUCUGCUUAUAAGAGCACACUGGAUUGUUUCAUUAAGACUCUGAAAAAUGAUGGGCCGCUUGCAUUUUACAAGGGCUUUAUCCCAAACUUUGGACGGCUAGGAUCUUGGAACGUGAUCAUGUUUUUAACCUUAGAGCAGGCUAAAAAAUUUGUGAGAAGCAUAGAAUCCUCUUGAGCUUAAAACUGUGAUGAUCAAUACUCAAGUUCAUGAAAUCUGCAUAGCAAUUACCAUGGAAGCUAUAUCAUAGGGAAUAAUGAAGUCCACAGGAGCCAUAAGUCUUGUCAUUUUAAAGGGGGGAUUCUGGCAAAACACAGACACGAUUGAAGUCAAUAAUUGAGAAUCUCAUUUCUGGGAUUCAACAUUGUUUCAAGUUUUAAUCAUUUGCUGUUUUUACCCCUUUGGAUGGGGUCCUUAAAGCUUAUUGCUUUCUGUUGUGCCUUUAAAGAAGGAGAUUUUGGUUCCAGUGUUACACAAUAUCAGUUUUGUAUGAGGAAAUUAAUGUUCAAUUAAAAAGUAAAUCUUCAUACAAA